CUACUACUUACCGGCGUGGUAAACGCUAUCGAUAGAAUAGCCGAAACAAACUUCAUUCAGUUGUCGCACUGUUUGAAAUGGCGACAGUAUGUUUAUACGAUACAGGUGAUAUUCUACGGUGAUUAAAAUGUGAGGUUCAGUGUGUUGGAAUUUUAAAACAUGCCGUUUGGGUGCAGGAAUAUAGAACCCAGCCGAUUAGGGGCUCAUGAUGUCCCGCAGGAUGAGGAAUCUGAAAGAAAAAGGGUUUUAUCUACAGUGGCUAAUAACGCUAUAGUUGGGGCUCUUUUACAACUUUCGAGUCUGGUACGACACGCGGAUGAUCUUUUCUGUGACCUCUCAGACGAGUGCCAAAAAGUUGUAGAACGGACAGAGAAAAUAUCAAAGAGAAUAAAUGGGCUGGGUGCUGCUGUUUUUAAGUUGGAUGCGAAACAAGCGAAGAUCCCGGAGGGUGACUUGAAACAGUUUACGACAAUCACAAACCAUCACCAGGCUCGACAUGGCUACGACGCCAGCCUUUUUCUCCAGACAAACCGACCGCAGUGCGUCCAGGACCUGUAUACCCUGUGUGCCCCGAAUCCCACCCGGGUGAUACGGGCUGCUGAUUUGUACCGUAAAGAUGGAUUGAGCGGUUCUAAAAUGUUCAAGUGUUGGCCUGUCAUUAUGAAUGAACAGACAGUUAGAACGCCAGAUUUGAAUCUCCCCAGAAGGGUCCAGCGUGUGAGAUCCUUCGAGAAAAAGUACAAAACUCUCAAGAUACGUGAGAGACCUAAAACUAUACACGGGUGGGAGGAUUUCACCCUGGAGGACUGUAAGAAUGAAAUUACUGAGGAGAAAAACAAGAAGGUUGAGUGCCUUACCUCCCCUGAACCUCCUGUUGUUGUUUCCAUAGAUACCUCAGGAUCAAACUUUGAACGUAUGCAAUCGCUGCGUAGUUCUGGUCGAAGAUACCAGAGUAAAGAGGAGCGUGAGAAAAAGAAAAGACGACGGAGAACAGUGUCUGGUGUUGAGAAUAUUAUGAGUGAAAUCGAAAAGUUUGAACGAAAACAUAAAGACAUCGAAGGUGGACCAAGAAGUACUCCAAGGUCGUAUAGCUUUGAUGAUCUUGAUGCCGAAGAUGAUGUGGAGAGAGAUGAAGGUAUUAUGAAAUACCUUGAUGAAAUUGAUGGUAAAAUGGAAGAAAGAAUCGGAGAAGAAAAAGCGCAAAAAUUAAUGAAAUUCUUUCCAUGCCGUAGGUCAAGGUCAUUGCCAAGGUGCAUCAAAUUGUCGUCAGUGACUCGUUCUUUAUCAGCUGAUAGGAGGUCACAAAGGGACUUUAACACUAGUUAUGGUAGUAGUACACUAAGUAUCGCAAGUAUGGCCUCAAAUGCAUCAAGUCGCUUGUCAAGGUCAGCAAAACGGUCUAGCGUUAUCAGUAACAAAAUAAAAUCCCUGGUAACCAAUGUCAAGGACAAACCGAAACCUCGGCCCAAGUCUCUAGACAUUGAUACAUUCCUGGAUGCUAAAGCUGUCCACAGGAGUUCCAUUGAGGAACAGGACAGGAGUAAGAGCACGUAUAGCCUUCAGCGGAAUCAUAACCACAGCGUCCCAGAUAACUUGUUAAGUAAAGGGUACUCUGAAAAUUCAAGCUCUACCGUUGGACCGGGCUCUUACUACAAUUUUGAAAGCAGCACUUUACCUCGUGCCCAAGCCAAGAAGUAUGACUUCCCAUGGGAGAGCUUGCCCAAGGAUUGGACGACUUCAGUAAAGCUUAGAGAAAUUUCUAAACGGAGAGCUAAAGAAGACAGACAGUCAUCUUCAGGAAAUUGGAGUCAGAGCGGUACGAGUAGCAAUCGUCAUUCCUUAGAUUCGGAUUUACGUAGCGAAGGCUUCAAGUUCAACUCGCAGUAUUCGCUCGGAAAGGAUUCUGGCAGAGACUCUUUAACUUUGGAGGAAGAAAAUGAUUGUGUAACGGAUGGAACAAGUACCGCGGGUUACGCCGCCGAUAGCCAGAGCAUUGUAACUGGUGAUUCAAUCUCGAUUGGAAAUCCAAAGUCAGAUUUCACCCAGCUUGAUACUGAAGCCUGGAUUAAGAGUCUCGCAGUACGUGCUGCAAAACGAGAAGAGGCAGAGAAUAAAGAUAAAUCAUCAACGUUAUCAAAAUUAACGCGACAAAAUAUUUUAGCUCUUGAUCUUAUGCUAGCAGAGGGACAGCCUAAAGCAGUUGGCGAUGAAGAAUGUUCCGUGUAUUCUGUAGAUCAGGAAGGAUUUUAUACAUCUUUUCAUAACGACAGUGGAUUGAAAAAGAGCACAAAUACUCUCGUUGAUGAAGAAGAUAUCGACUUUUCGCCGACAAAAGACAGUGGUAGUGUAUGUAGUGCAGAAAGCGUAAUUCAUAGACCUUUUUGUGAUAGUGACAAAUUUGCUGGAUUAAGAAAAAAUUCACAAACAAAAGUGCUAAGUAAAGUUACCCCACCUACUCCACCUUUGAGAACUUCUUCACAGAAAUCAAAAGGGGAGGUAACUCUUACAACAAACCCAGAGUUACAUUCCUUCCCAUCCCAAGACUCCACAGUGUCAGAAUCUGAUGCAGAAGCAGUAUUUAGUCGUGUACAUGACAAAACGAAUUUAUCAUCAACAGGGUUCCCUUCAUUAGUUGCUCUAUCCACAAGUGAUGAUGAAAGCUCUCCUGAAUCAAAAUCAGGGAAAAAUAGACAAAAAGGACUAAGUGAGACUGUAAGUGAGCUAGGACUAUCUGAUUUAAGGGACACUUCCGGAUUUUCGUAUCUUUCAUUCCAGACCGGAAGUUCCCUUGAUUCAUCCAAAGGUGACAAUAGUUUUACAUCCCUGAAACAUUCUAAAUCCACUUUAGAAUGCACAGAUCAGGGGUAUGAUUCACUGACAAUUCCGCGUGGCAAGGAUACAACAAGUUGUAAAACCGCUGUCGGUUAUCAGUCAUGGCCUAGAUCGCAUAAAGCCAACCCUACCUCGGGAAUAUUGAAAACUCCUGAAAAACAGUUUGAUGGAGUGAGACCUCAGAAAACACUGAAUUUUGCUCCUGUUGUGAAUUUAUUCAGGGAAGGUGCACAAAAUUCUGUUCAGAUGCCAUUGCCUUCUCCUACUAGCUCUUCAUCAAGUGAAAACAAUAAUGGUCCAUUUUCUAUGACACACAUGAGCUCAUUUCAGACAGCUGCACCGCAAGAUCAAAGUUACGCACUUUCUGUGCCAAUAGAACAUAAAUCAAACUCUAAGAAGAGUCAGGGAAAACAUAAUCAGUCUAGUAUUCCAUCAAAAUAUCAACCAGUUAUAACUGUGACCCCAAGGUCAAGGUCAAAAUCAGGAGAUCGUUUAAGUCAGGGGUCAGACAGAGGUAGCCAGAGGUCAGAAAAUAAUAGAACUCCGGAAUCAGGCAGUAGACAGGUAGUUUAUGCAUCUGCUGCAAGUAAACCUACUGCCCAGUCUACUCCCCAAGUGCCAUCAAACCAAGUGCCAGAAAAACAAACGUCGCCAAGUUUGUAUGCUGUAAGCCCAGUAAUGGCACCUAAAGAUCCAAGUAGACAGAAUUCAGUGACCUCGACGGAUUCGAAUAAUUCAGGUUAUAUGGAUAUGCAAUCAUUGAAAUCUGCAGGAAGUUUGAGUUCUUUAGCAUCAUCUGAAGGUUUGAAUGGAACUUCUACAUAUAUGUCAAUGUCGAGCCCUUGCAGUUCACCAAACCUUUCAAACAUGGACUUCUCAAUGAGUAGUACACCUUCAGGGUCGAUGGAUUCUUUGUUGGAUUUGCGGAAAACGCCAACUAACGAACUUGAAAAUGACACUUACCAAGUGAAUACGAGUUUACAUAUGAAUCGUUAUAAUAAAAGUGCUAGUUCUAAAAACGUUAAUGGUGCAACUGACACUGUUCCUAUAGUUACACAAGGUAACAGUAGAGGUUACAAUGGUGUGCAGCAGGUUGACGCUAAACAAUCAUUUGGGAGUUUCAGAACUCCUGAUAUGUCAUACGCAUCAUCAAAAACAACACCUGGCAGACGGUCACUUGAUUCUACAGGAAAUGACUUGACAAAUGUGACUCAGAUGUCAUUUGACUCAACAAUGGGGUCUAUGUCAACACCAGUAUCAAGGAACUCAAAUAGCCCGGCUUCAAGAGGAUCGCCUUCAAUGUCGGGUCAAAAUCAGCGUCAGCAGGGUAGAAGAAGCCGAGCAGACACUCGUAAAGAACCGUCAUACAGAAAUUACAAUGCGAGCAAUAGACGAUCUUUGCCAAGUGAUAUGUCUGGUGCAAGUGUUCAAGUAAGAAAUGUGCCAUUAAAUGAUACUCGCCAAAGUGCGAGCACAAAUCAAAGCCAUUAUAAAUCACAGAAUUCAAUGUCUUCCUCAAACUCAUGUCCAUUAGGAUUUAAUUCUGUGUUGCUAUCAAAUUCUAGUUACAACUCAGGGCAAAACAGUGCAAAUCAAAAUAUAAAGAAUCAUUCGCGGAAUCCACCAACGAGCAAUGGAGAUUCUGGACAUAUCUCAUCACGAUCAGAUUCUUAUCGCAUUGCUUUGAACAGCAGGAAGGGCAGUGGUAGUGGCAGUGGUAGUUCAAGUCGAAAUGCUAUGCAUCAGAGUAAAAGUAUGCCUGUGCUACCACCUUCGAGAAAAAGUGGACCGUUCCGUGUUGCCAUGGAUAUGAGUCCAAACAGAGCAUAUAAUAAUGUUGAUGAUGAUGUUAUGAGUAGGGCUGAUUCUUAUAGAAUCGCUGUAAGAAAUACUAACGGUUUAGGUACUGAAAUAUUAAAUCGCAAUACUUCAUACAGAGUGGCUGUGAAUGACGAAAUUCCAUCAAUGCUAAAUUCUAAACUCGAUGCAUUAAGUAUGGAUGAUAAUAAAUUAAUGUCAGGGCGGGAUGUUCGAAGAAUGGGUAUAACUGAUGUUGAUCAGGUGAAAGACAUAAAUCCGAAACCUGUGAUGAGAGAAAGUAAAUCAGCAGUUCAGUUGAGAAAUCGGGACUCGAAACCAGCCCCGCAAGCUUUGGGGCCGAAUACAAAUGUGGUUAGCAGACCGUCACCACAGCAGCAGAUGAAAAAUGACGGUCGAAUCAGACAGUGUUUUAAGCAAGAUAUUGAUCCAAUUCAGGUUGUUGCCACAGUAGAUAUUAAUCAAGAAUCGAAAAAAUCAAGCAAGAAUAAUCAGAACCGUUCUUCAACGUACAUUCAGUUUGAUCCGAUAUUCGAAGAUACAGAAGACUUUCAGAAUGCGGCAGAUUUAGACAUGUCUUCAUUAGAUUAUUCUAAAAACAUCUCUGACAUAUCUAAAUCAAAAUUUGGUCUCAUUAACGGUACUGUAAAAGAUGCAAAUGCCAAUACUGUAAAAAUGAAAAAAUCAAAAUCGGGGAAAGAUAUAGAAAUUGAAGAUAAUUGGCGAUUUUCACAAGUGUGAUUUCCUCAACUGAACAAUGUAUAAUUUUACCAAAGUUUUGAUUACUUGUUUUUAAAUUAAAAUUUCUUUAUUAUUAAGUAUGAAUUAUUGAAUAAAGGUCAUUUAAAAUCAAUUUUCAAAUACGAAGACAGAAAAAUCUAACAAUUAUCUAAGAAAAUUCCAUCAGUAUUGUAAAACGCAUAAAAAUUUCUAUGAGGUUAAGAUCUAUUAGAAAAUAGUGUGAAUUUUUAUUGCAAGUGACCGGUCAUUUUCUGUUUUUGAUUUAGUUUUGGUUUAGCGGUUUUAGUUUGUUUAGCAGUUUUAGUUGUUUAAACUUUUAUGGCAGCUUUUUUGUUGAAUUUAGUUUUUAAUGUUAAUGAUUUAUUAGUGAAAGUACUAAUUGAUUUUACUUAUAUUUACUAACCCCUAGAACCAGUUUCUUCACAUUUCGAUGUUAUUGUUAAUUUUUUUUUUAUUUUGAAACUGAGUUGAAAUGGAAUGCAGUAAAAGUUUAGACAUUUAGUUGAACAAACAAACCAUAUCCCACCACAACCAAAUGUUGUAUUCAUCAGAUCUUUAAAUAAAGAAUUAGACUUUAAAAUUCUAAAUUUUCUUUUUGCUCUGUAAUCGAAAUAUUAGCACAGAUUGUAAUUUAACUUUGAUUGAGUAUUUAUACAGCAGCUUAACCACCAAAAUUUAAUCACUAUAUUAACGCUGUAAUCAAAUCAAUCUAAGUUCCAGAUUUUAAGCAUGGACGAAUAAGGAUUCUGUAUAGAUUUAGAUAUUACUUAUGAGUUACAACAGUGUUGUAUGAAAAUUUAGAAAUCUUGCAAAUAUUGAAUUUAAGCAAUAAUCACAAUACUGUAUAAUCAUACAAUUUAAUACUUGAGCCACGCCUUAAGAAAACCAAAAUAGUGGCUUUGCGACCAGCAUGGAUCCAGACCAGCCUGCGCAUCCAUGCAGUCUGGUCAGGAUCCAUGCUGUUCGCUAACAGUUUCUGUAAUUGCAAUAGACUUUGAAAGCGAACAGCAUGGAUCCUGACCAGACUGCACAGAUGCGCAGGUUGGUCUGAAUCCAUGCUGGUCGCAAAGCCACUAUGUUGGUUUUCUCAUGGCGCGGCUCAAUUGUUGCAAUUAUCUCGAGGUUUAAGAAUUAUUUUUGCCAUAAAUGUGAUUUUUUUUAAAAGUAAUUUUAGCAAAAUCAUUAUCUUACAAGACUGUAUCUGUCUCUAAAAUCAUAUUUUAUCAAAUAUCAUAUCUAUAUAAUUGCUAACAUGUGUUUUGUACUUAAAAAAAUGUGUUUACAUUCUGGAUCGUUGUUUGUUUAUGUAUGCGCAUAUUUUCACUUUAUGUAUACGCAUAUUUUCUUUUUAUGUAUAUACAUAUUUUCAAUAGUUUACGUUAAUAAUUUUCCAUUUGUAAAUAAAACAUGCUACAUAGCAAGUGCUAGAAACUUUUUUGUAUCAUCUCUAUUUAAUGGUAAAAAAUCAAUUUUUUAAAGAUGGUCCAUUUUCAGUGACACACAAACUCGUAUUAUCAUUAAAAAAGAUCUAAAAUAUUCGAAAGACUUCUUCUUAUGAACUGCUUGUUAGUUAUUCACCAAACAUGGACAGAAGCAUUCUUAUGUGAACUGUUCUCAGUUUUGUUUAAAAUAAAUUGUUUUGCAUUUACUUUUAGGGGCUUGUAGAGUCAAAAAUAAAAAAUCUAAUAGAACUUCU